AUGGGCUAUGAGGUGCCGGUUCCCGGUCAGGAGCGUGACGGCCGCGGCGCGCUGCUCUCUGAGGUGGUGUUACUUGCACACAUGCAACCAGCACGCCGACAUGCGGCUGGAGGCGUGUGGCUAUGCCCUGCUGGUGCAGGACAUGAGACGAGCUCCCUCGGCAUCGCCUUCAAGUUCGCCGAGAGCGAGUACGUCACCAAGGUGAACGACCUCAUCGGGGCAUCAAAGGAGUACGCCACGCUCAACGACAUCCUGGACAAGGACGUGGAGAACGACUCCGUCAAGAAGCAGGGCAGCCAUUCCCGGAACCUGCGCCGGGUCCGGCUCGGCCUCGGCCUCAUCAAGGCCCUCUUCGAGCAGUUCCUCGCAACCGAGGGCGGCUCGUUGUAUGAUGCUGCGACGACGGCCUACGGCCAGGUUUGCGCCCCGUUCCAUAGCUGGGCGAUCCGAAAGGCGGUUGGUGCCGGGAUGUACACUCUCCCCAGCAGAGAGCAGUUGAUAAUGAGGUUGAACGAAACUGAUUGCUCUGUGCAGAAGGAGAUGAGGAGAUACAUUGAUGCAUCUAGUCCCAUUAUAGAAUACAUCGAUAACCUGUUCCUCUCCAGGAACAUUGUCCUAGAUUGGUGA